UUGUUCUUUAUUCGGUUGUUGUGAGCUGAAGAGUAUCUGUCGUCAUGUCUGGAAGAGGAAAAGGCGGUAAAGGACUCGGGAAAGGAGGCGCUAAGCGUCACCGAAAGGUUCUUCGCGAUAAUAUCCAGGGAAUCACUAAACCCGCUAUUCGUCGUCUUGCUCGACGUGGCGGCGUCAAGCGUAUUUCUGGGCUGAUCUAUGAAGAGACGCGCGGUGUGUUGAAGGUGUUUCUGGAGAACGUCAUCCGUGAUGCUGUGACUUACACUGAACACGCCAAGAGAAAGACCGUCACCGCCAUGGAUGUUGUGUACGCGCUGAAGCGACAGGGACGCACCCUGUACGGGUUCGGCGGUUAAGAGACUCACGAAGAAGAAAAACCCAACGGCUCUUUUAAGAGCCACCCACAUUUACACACA